AUGGUCAAUGCAUGGUUUGCUGGGAGAGUUCACACCAUCCCUGUGUGCAAGGAAGGCGUCAGAGGCCACACGGAAGCUUGCUCUUGCCCCUCGCAGCAGAGUCCCCGUGCAGAGAGCAGCGUCCCUGGAACACCAACCAGGAAAAUCUCCGCCUCCGAAUUUGAUCGGCCUCUUAGACCCAUUGUCGUCAAGGAUUCUGAGGGAACUGUGAGCUUCCUCUCUGACUCAGAAAAGAAGGAACAGAUGCCUCUAACCCCCCCAAGGUUUGAUAAUGAUGAAGGGGACCAGUGCUCAAGACUCUUGGAAUUAGUGAAAGAUAUUUCUAGUCACUUGGAUGUCACAGCCUUAUGUCACAAAAUUUUCUUGCACAUCCAUGGACUCAUCUCCGCUGACCGCUAUUCCCUGUUCCUUGUCUGUGAGGACAGCUCCAACGACAAGUUUCUUAUCAGCCGCCUCUUUGAUGUUGCAGAAGGUUCAACACUGGAAGAAGCUUCAAAUAACUGUAUCCGCUUAGAGUGGAACAAAGGCAUCGUGGGACAUGUGGCUGCUCUUGGUGAGCCCUUGAACAUCAAAGAUGCAUAUGAGGAUCCUCGGUUCAAUGCAGAAGUUGACCAAAUCACAGGCUACAAGACACAAAGUAUUCUUUGUAUGCCAAUUAAGAAUCAUAGGGAAGAGGAAUGCCAGAGCGGCCUAGCUGGCUGGGUGGUUCUGGCCCAGGUUCCCUGCCCGUGGCUGCACUCAGGAUGCAGCAGGGAGGCCGGACUCACGCUGGAGCGUGCACUUCCCAGAGGGCUCGCUCGCGUGGCUGCUGGCAGGAGGCCUCAGUGCCCGGCCAAGCAGGCCUCUCUUCCAUAUUUGUUCAUAUGCAGGGAAAACCCUGGGUCUGGAAGCAGGGAAGCUGAAUGGUUAUACAAGUGUUCAGUUCAGAAAUUGGUGGUAGUCAUCUCAAAUAUUGAAAGUGGGGAGGUCCUUGACAGAUGGCAGUUUGAUAUUGAGUGUGACAAGACUGCAAAAGAUGACAGUGCACCCAGAGAAAGGUCUCAGAAAGCUAUCCAAGAUGAAAUCCGUUCAGUGAUCAGACAGAUCACAGCUACAAGUGACAUUUCUGCCACUGUUGGAAGUUUCUUGAGAAGCCCUUCCGUUGAGGUGGACACCCACAGCCAAAAUACUACAUCCUCCGAGGGAGCCAAUCAUACCCUGCUGAUCCACAGCCCCGUAGAACUCAAAAGAGGCUGGAGGAGGCAGAAGCAGCACCUCUUCUUAUACAGCGAUUUGUUGCUUAUAUCUAAUACCAAGUAUAAAAAGAACUUGAAGGUAAAAAAUGAAAUACCACUGAGCACCAUGUGGACUGCCAACUGUACAGACAAAGUUGGUGAAGCCAACACUGGUGCCAGGAAGGCCUUUGUCCUAGGCUGGCCCACGGUGAACUUUGUGGCCACCUUCAGUUUUUCCGAACUAAAGGAAAAAUGGCGCUCUUUCCUUCAAAGGUACAUCAAGUUAGCCAAAGAGAAGGACCAGCCAAAAAGCAUUCCCCUCAAAAUCUUCACUGAGGACAUCAAGAACUGUGCCUGUUCUGUAACUAUAACAGUAACAAAUUCAGACACAGUGAAUGAUGUUAUCAACAUGUCACUUUCAAAGCUAGGAAUAACUGGCUCUGAGAAAGAUUACCAGCUGUGGGCCAGUUCUGGUAAGAAAGAGGUCUCAUACCCACUCAUUGGGCAUGAAUAUCCAUAUGGAAUUAAAAUGAGCCAUCUUCCAGCUACUGUGCUCCUGCAGCAGGGAUCGGAGGACUCCACCUCUCCUUCUGCCCUCCAGGAGCCCUUCCCACUGCAGCAGGAGUCCCAAGAGAUCCAAGGCCGGUUUAUCCUGAAACCCAAGCACACAGCCAGGAACCAAGCCAGGAAUCAGCAGGGGAAAGAUGCAGGCCAAAAGACAGUCAAGAAGAGUUCUGCCAAAAACUGGGCCUUCUGGCGGAGCUUCAGGACUCGCCGGGACAGCCAGGGCCCAGGCCCACCACCCACAAAGCCAAAACAGCUCUUCGGAGUUUCUCUGGAGGAUGUGUGCGAUGAUGGCAGCCUGCCCACCCCAAUCCGAGAUAUACUUUACUUUAUCAAUCAAAAAGGGCCACUCACAGAAGGCAUCUUCAGAAAACCAGGCAGUAUAAAAUCAUGCAGAGCCCUACAGGAGAAGAUAAACUCUGGGGACAAAGUGAACUUGGAUGAGGAAUCCGUUCUUGUGGCAGCAUCCGUCUUCAAGGAUUUUCUUCGAAAUAUCCAAGGAAGUAUAUUUUCGGCCAGUCUCUAUGAUAAAUGGCUUGGUGUUAUUGACCAGGGGAACGAGGAGGAGAAAAUAGCUGCAGCCCAGAGUCUUUUAGGCCAGCUGCCAAGAGCUAAUGUAGUUCUCUUGCAAUACCUUUUUGGAGUGUUACGCAACAUUGAGCAGAAUUCCUCAUCCAAUCAGAUGACAGCUCACAAUUUAUCAGUGUGUAUAGCCCCAAGCAUUCUUUGCCCACCUCAUUCUGGCAGCUCAGCAUUAGAAAACGACUUCAGAAAAAAGAUUUCUUUUGUACAAUUUCUCAUUGAAAACUGCCUCAAGAUAUUUGGAGAAGAUAUCACUUCCCUCUUUGAAGAGAGCUCAAUGAGUUGUGAUAGUAGUGAUAUCACUGAUAGCCGUGAGAAGGCUGCAGGUACUGUGAAUAAUUUAACUGGCCUUGAUGAGAAAGACAGCAAGGCUGCCAGGGGUCACGGCAGAUCCUUAGACUGUGCUGUCCUGGAGCCUAAAGCACAUCCCAAGGGCAACGAUUUCCAUGUGCUCCAGGUCAGGUGAGGUUUCACACUGUUGUGAGAGCAAAGAAAGGAUGAGACAGAUCUAACUGCAAGAAGUUGCAAGCACAGCAUUAGGAGACAUCAUGGCAUAAUACAGCAUUUGGUUUUUCAAACAAAACUUUAAAUGGGACUGAUAUAUGUAUCACAUGUGCUCUGGUUGAAACCAGAGUGAGAGGCCCAGAGCACUGCUUGGUUUAUUCCCCUCUCUCUCCUUUUUCUGGUCAGUGGUUCCUGACGUACCACAGGUACCCCGUGUCUUUGAAAUAGGUUGAAAAGAACCAGCAUCACUGAGAGAAAAAGGACUUGACUUCACGUCAAACAGCCUUUCCAGACUAUAACCUCAUGUGCCUCUAUUUACCAGCUGCGUUAACUUCAGCCAGUUAUUCUAGCUCAGUUUCAGUUUC